AUGCACUCCGCAGUCGUGGAAGCCCAGUCCCCGGUCCUCAACACCUUCGUCAACAACACCAACUUCAAAGAGGCCGGCGAGCGGCACGCCUCGCUGCCCGACGUCGACGAGGACACCUUCAUCACCUUCAUCCAGUACGCCUACACGGGCGCCUUCGAAGUCGCCGGCACGGCGCACCAGCGGGACCGCCUCGCGGACGUGGUCCUCAAGGACUGCGCCAGGGACUACGACGACGACGGCGGCGGCAGCUGGAGCGCCGGCUACGACGCCCGCCCCGCCCGCUUCGUGGCCCACGGGCCGGGGCGCCGCCGCAAGCCCGAUCCGUGGGCGGCCUUCAAGACGGCCGUGGCUGCCGCCCGCCCGAAGGGCUACCUGCCGCCGUUUGAGGAGGUCCUGAUCGAGCCGGGUGAUGAUGUCGCGGAUAUGCUGAUCCGCUAUACCCGGCUGUAUCUGUUUGCGGAUUGUUAUGGCAUCGAUCGGCUGAUGGGUUUGUCGUUGUUUAGCCUGGGGAAGACGCUCAUUGCGCUUGAUCUCAAGACGUACAAUGGGAACAGGGGGGUUGAGGAGCGGGUGCAGGAUGUGGUGGCGUUGUUGCAGUUUUGUUAUAAUAGUAGUGACCCUGCGCCGGAUCAGCUGACAUCCCUGAUUUUGCGCUAUGUUGCCUGCAAUGCGGAAAGGCUGUGGAAGAACAGUGAUUUUCAGAAGUUGCUGGCGACGCACGCGGAACUCGGCGCUUCUCUGGUUGGGUUAUUGGUGGAGAGGUUGGAUUGA